AUGCAGCCUUCAUCCGGCACCUCAUCGCUGGCCCCAUCAUCGACGUCAGCAUUCUCGACGUAUCGACGCGAGAACUCGGCCGGCCAAUCAACCGCCAGCACCGAUAGCCUUGGGGCUAGUCCCGAGGGAUUGCGCCAAACCCUUUCACCAACAAUGGACACCUUACCAACCACAGCCUAUGUGCCGCUAUCGCCACAGGUGGUACGACCUCGUGCCGUUCGUGGGCUGCCACCACGGCAACUCUCUCAAGGCGUACUGCCGUCGCCACCUUCCCCAAUUUAUGAUCAUAUCAACCUGCAUCUUCCACAGGAAGAUCAAUCAGACUCGGUGAUCUUCCGGAAAAUCCGGGGAAAGGACCGCGGCCGUCACGACCGGAGCAGCUUGAUUGAUUUCAGGAGGUCGGCGUCGCCACCCAGGGAGCAUCAUGUUGAGCAAAAGGGACUCCGACGGGAAAGCGCCUUCUCCCCCAUCCACCGUCGCCCCAACGACCCCAUCCACCGUAACCAGGAUGAUGGCGCGGCUCUAAUCUACACUCAAGAAACGCUUCUAAAUGAGUCGCCAGCCUCGUUUGGCCGUGAACCCAGCCCUCUCUCGCAUACAGGCUCAACACCGCCUCCUGAAGCCCCAAAACCACCGCCCCUUUCCGUCACAAUCCCAACCCCAAAAGCACGACGCUCUAUCAAUGCUCGUUGGGUGAAAGAAACAGAUAUCGAUGACCCGGCAUCACUUCCGGUGUCCCCGGCUUGUGCUAUGACCCCGGAUCCGACACCACCUAAUGAUGAUCCGCCAACUCCACCUCGCUCAGCACCAAUCUACAAUGAUGAAGUGAAAUUCCGAAAUGGACUGAACCGACGAGUAUUUACGUCCGAGAACGAUUCUCUGGACUCUUCAAAAUCAACAACCCCCAGUGGUCACUAUGUAAGGCGCACUGGCUCGCGCAAUGAAAGAUCCCCAGUCCCAUCACCAAUGCGUAAUCAGAGUCGAAGCGCCUCACGCUCGUCUCUCACCAUCUUGCACCCAAUCCAAUUCGAAAAUGUGACCUCCCAGUCGCAGAAGGGUCGCGGUACGCCAGAUACGCACACGAAGAAUAAGGAUACGGAAGCUGUGUACCAUCAGAUGACCUCAUCUGCGAUGAAUGCCCUCGCCUACGUCUCUGAAAAUCUCAGCUCAAACCUCAAUCUCCGCGACGGUGCCAUCCCGAAACCUGAACAUGUCGACUUCAACCACUUCACCAUCACUCAAUACGGCCCAUUGCGCCGUCGCUCCGAUCUGGGGCUCCCCGCCCUUUUGGAGAUUGAAGAUCAUGAUGGAUCGAUUUCAUCGUUUUUGAGGAACUCUCGUGCUCAUUCUUGCGCCGCACCAAUCAGAAAUCCCAAAGCUGUCGUGAUGAACCACCACUACCUCUUCAGCCUUCACUCUCUGGCUGCACUUAAUCUCAGCAAGAAAUUGAGCGCCAACGAUCAGGAGAAGCACGUCGCCUACAUUAUGAUCCAACUCCUCGGAGCGCUGAAGAACAUUCAAUCAGAUGCUAUUGAGCAUUUGAGCACGAACUUUAAGGAGAUUCUUUUGGCAUACCGGGAGACAAAUCUUCAGGGCCAUUUCUAUACAAUUCCGGAAAAUCCACGACUUCUGUUUUUAUCGGAAUCGCUGGGCAACGAGUUGGACACUGGGGAGACCGAGUACGUUGGGCUGUGCCGCUAUGCAUUAAGGGCCCUCUGCACCCUCCUCCACCACAAAAUGGAUGGUCGUGCCCCGCAGCUGAAAGACGAGACCUACUACUCUCGUGCCCUUCUCGCCUGUGGAAAGGAGCUUGAAGCAGAUCGGGGCGGAAGUUUGACCCGCGCCAAAAAUAUCCUCGAACUUACCAUUUUCUCCCCGCAAACUCGUUUCGACACCGAGUACGCAGCAAAAUUGUGGCUCGACGCUCAGCGGGCUGAUUGUUUGCAAAGCAUUGUCCGUCGCCUGGUCGAUACUCCAGAGAACUGGCCGGUGGCUGACCGUCUUCGUGUCGAUUAUCUGCUCAGCAUCACCCCUAAAGGCCUCCAAAUCGCUUACCACACCAUUGCCAAUACCCAUUUC